AUGUUUUCCGUGUCGCUGCUCAUGACCCUCGGAGCGACGGCCGUCGCCGCUGUUCCAUCCGGCGCCAGAUCGCUCAUGUCUGGCAGCGUCAAAUGCCCUGUGGUCCUCGAGGGUCGGAUUCCCGCUUCAGCUGCCCCCACUGACUUUGACGUCAACAACGACCUCUUCAACUCGGGCUAUGUCAAGGGCAACAACCUGACAUGGAGCGAUAUCCUGCUCUUCCCGGAGGUCCCAAACUCGCGAUUCGAUAACGCAUCGUACAAGUCCGUGGAGGUCACCAUCAGCGACGAGUCCAUUUUCCAGAAACAGUACGGCUUCCGCCGCGCGGGGCUCCAGUUUGCCAACGAUACCAACGAGGGCAGCCUAGGCUACCAGGGCCUCAGAACACUGCACUGGAGUGUCAAGCAGGACUCCGCGCGCGCACUGAACCUGAGCCACGAGUAUCUGAACGUCUGGCACGAGGCUGCCGAUUACUCAAGAGACCAAAUCAUGUUCCAGACGGGGCAGAUGCUCGCAUACCCAGACAUGCCAGCGGACACCUUCAAGUUCUUCGACCGCAAUUCCAAGCUACUGUGGUCCGUCCCGAUCGACUUUACGUGCUGGCAAAACUUUGCCAUCACGUUGGACAUCGAUUCCAACCUCGUCCAGAUCUACUACUCCCUCGGCGAUGCGGCCCUGAAAGCGGUCACCGGCUUUGUGCCUGCUGACUUGUCCGGUGAAGGUCAAUUCCAACUAGGAAUGAUCAAGAAGCCCACUGGGACCGACGAUGUCGUCAAUAGCGGGUUCCAGGAGUCCCCACUUAACGAGGGUCAGAUUUAUGGCGGUAUAUUCGUGGAAGAUAGCACGGGCGGCUGCGUGUCGCUGUGA